AUGGGCAACUAUGUUGAUAGAGAAUUGGAACAUAAUGAACAAAUAUAUCAUCAUCCUCAUCAUGGAAGUGAACUAAGUCCAUUUUAUUGUGCAUGUCGUAGUGGUGAUGUAGCAACUGUUCAAUCAAUGUUACGUACUAUAUCCUACAAGGAUUUAAAUCGAUUGGAACUAAAUGGUAGUACUCCACUUCAUGCAGCUUCAUCUAAUGGCCACAAAGAAAUUGUUCGUCUUUUAUUACAUGAACGUGGUUGUGAUCGAUCACAACGAAAUCGUUAUGGUCAAACAGCGUAUGAAGUAGCAAAAACUGAUGAAAUUCGAGAACUGUUUCAUCGACCAUUAAAUAUUAAUCGAUUUUGUAAUAUUAAUGAACAAAACAAUACUCAACAAACAUUUUCUAUUGUUUCUUCUCAAUGGGAACAAAUAAACGAUAAUGAUAAUGAUCAACCAAUACCUUUAAAAUGGAUUAAACUUUUGCAAAAUGACGAUGAAAUAUAUAAAGAAAUUCACUAUCUUGGUAAAGGUAAACGUUUACUUCAAUCAAAAUUUGGACGAUGUAUUGUUGGCCAAGGUGCAAAACAUUACAGAAAUAAAGAACUUAAAGGUUAUGAAAAUUUAAUUAGAUAUAUGACUGAUCGAUCGUAUUGUAUUAAUAAAAUUCGUAAAAUUCUUGAUAAUACAGUAUCAAAAGAACAUAAUCAAUAUGAUAGAUGCUGUGAUCUAUUAUCAAAAUAUUCUCAAGAUGGAAACGUUGAAUCUUUAUUAAGACUUUAUUCACUUGAAACACCAUUUUAUCAAGCAUUACGUCAUGAUAUAGGACCAUUAAAAUGGCCAUUAUGUUUAAAUCUUUCAAAUUUAAAACAUCGAUAUUUUCAAGGUCAAUGUUAUCGUGGCGUAAUAAUGACAAGAGAUGAUUUACAAUCAUAUCAUGCAGCACUUAGUAAUAAAGGAAGUUUUAUACGAACAAAUCCUUUUUGA